AUGCGUCCAGCUGUUCCUGCGUCGCUUCUCCGCCACUCCUUAGCCCGCCAACAGCGCUCCGUUGCUACCAAACGAUACGCCUCAACAGACUCCUCUCAGGCGCAGAAGAAGGCCCAGGAGACCCUCGCGUCCGUGCAGAAGAACGCCAGCAAAUUCUUCGAAAAUGCUCAGAAGUUCCUCGGACCUGUUGGAGAGAAAGUUGGAAACCUUCUUGGAUCUUACAAACAGCCUGUGCUGUAUAACCUCGCUGUGACCAAGGAGGUCUUCAAGCAAAUCUACAUCAAGGAAGGACUCCAACCUCCAUCUAUCGAAGCCGUCAAAACUGCAUACACCUCCCUCUGGUCGCAAGUCCGCAACCCGGCUCUCGUUGGCAACCUUGUGAAGAGUGGAGAAAUUGGCCGUGUUGGUGUUUACGGCCUUCAGGCAUACGGUAUCUACAAGGACGAGAACGUCUGUGAUGUUGCUCCCUCCCCAAUUUUGCAAAAAUCAUGCACCUUGGCAUCACUUUUUUUCCUGGCGCUUUAUCGCACUCUUUCAUUGAACAUUGCGAAGAUUUUCGUUCUCGAAGUCAUUCUGGCUCGCUUCAAACUGAAUUAG